UUUGAUAUGAGUAGAAAUUAUUAUAUCUCUCUCUCCACCAAGGUAGGAGGUAGAUGCUUCUUAAAGAGACUGUUCACAAAUAAGACAAAAAAGGGAUAAAGCAAUGAAGAAUGGACGAAGAACAGGAUAUCUCCUGGCUGGUAUCUAUCUAUCACUAGUUACUCAGGGUACCUGUAUACCUGCAUCCUCUAGACCAUCAUCCUUCCUUAAGUUUCUUCCUAGUCCUGAGCUUCCAGACCUUCAUCCCUCCUCCAUGAUUUCCCACCCUCCAACAGCAUACAAAUCUUCUUUUAAAUCUCUUCCUCCCUCCUCCUUACCUUUCCCUUCACUUCCCUUUCUCUUCUCCCCUUCCUCUAAACACCAAGAAGGUCCUAUGGUACAUCAACUUCCGUCUGAAAACCAUAAUGAUGCAGUACAGAACAACCAAGGACUACGUUAUAUUCCUGUGUACAUGAUCAACUCUAAGCCGCAGAGAUAUAGAGAGGACAGUUUUCCUUCAGACUGGUUUUUAGAAGCACCAAGAGAAAUCUCUAAUACAAAGGUGGGAGAGAAUACUGAAGUAAAUGCUUUAAACCUUGAAACCCUUCAACCUAGACCAAGGAGAAGGUUCGACUGUUUGAUUAAUGGUGGAUUCAGUCACAAUUGUGAUUAUAGAAAUGCUUUAGGUGCAGCUGAAGAGAGUAAGUACUGGGGUCAUUCUUCUCCUGGUAAACGUAUUCCUGAAACCCUGGAGAACAUGGAGAAUAUACAGAACAGAUUUCUUCGAUCCGCUAGAGUAAUGAAGGGUGUUUAUACACGGAUCGGUAGAUCCGCAGAUUUGCAGAGAAAGACUCGAGCUACCAAAGGAUUGUUUAUGAGAGUGGGACGAUCGGGAAAAUCAGAUUUCUCCACCUACCCUGAUGACUUGCCCUACCCUGAUAUUUCAUCCUACCCUGAUAUCUCGUUCUAUCCUGAUUUUCCAUCCUACCUGGAUGAUGAGAGCUAAACCUGUUGACAACUCUAGUUUUAAGUGCUACCUGAUCACUAUGAAGAUAUACUACAAUCCUCGUCUCGUAAACAUCAAACUAUUCCCUAAACAUGAAUAUGAUUAAAAUAAAAAUACGCUGGUUCAAUCUUAA